AUGCACAUCAAGACCAUCCUCUUCCUAGCCUGGCACUUGGCAUCUAGUGUCAUCGCUUCACAUAUUCCACAGGAACAGAGAUGCAACUUACCUCGUAGGCCACCAUUCUCAUUCCCUUCGCUAUACACGACUUUCCAAAAUGUUCAAGUUGACCAUGGAACAGAGAUCGAGCAGAACCAUCUCGCCGUCGAUCAACUUCCCCCAGCCUGUAACCUCCCGGCCUGUCUGGGCCUCACCGGCACAAUCACCUGCAUAGUCUCCGCAGUGACCAGCGACGACGAAGCUGCAUUACAACGAUGUAUCAGUGACGGAUUGACCGAGGUAACUUUCAUCUGGUUCCCUUCUCUUGUCUCUUUCUAG